AUGAAAGCCAAAGUAAUUAAACACAAAAAAAAAUUAACAUUGUCGCAUAAUAGCCGACCUAUCAAAAGUUCACUGUCCAAAAGAAGUUCUCCGUACGAACCAGAAAUCGAAAAUAUUCGACGUCUUCUAACGCUGUUUCCAGUUCCUUAUACACUAGAGCAAAUUUUCGAUCUCACUGACAAUAAACUUUUUAUCAAAGAGGAACAAAAGAUCAAAAGACCUCCUAAUGCUUUUUUGUUCUUUCGUCAAGUAGCGAUAAUGCAGAUACGAGAGACGAAAAGGUCUGCUAACGACCGACUAUUUUUCGAGAAUUUGGACCAGCCAAUGUUCUCAAAGAUUUUCGGUGCACUUUGGAAUUCAGCCAGUACUUCCGAAAGACCAAAAAUGAAAGUAACCAACAACAACAAAAAUGUCAAUUCAUCUAAACUCAACAAUCCAAAGAGAACCACAAAAAACCCUAUAAGCAAGAAAAAGGACAACGAUAAUGCAAUGAUUUACAAAGACAAAAUUGAAAGAAUAAGAGAAAUUUUGCAAUUGUUUCCAAUUCCCUACACGUUGGAGAAAUUGAACGAAAUCUUCAAUCCUGAGAAUAAAAACCUUUUUCGUAAAGCUGACGAGAAGAUUAAAAGACCACCUAACUGCUUUAUUUUCUUUCGUCAAAUUACAAUUAAUUCGAUUAAAACUACCGCAAUGUCUGCUGAAGAACGACAAUUUUUCGAUAAUUUGGAUCAGCCACUACUUUCGAAGAUUCUCGGUGCACUGUGGACUUCUUCCUCUCCACUCGAGAAAUCUUCUUAUCAAGAAAAAUGUAGUCAAGUGAAUGAAUUACAUAAAAAAUUGCAUCCUGAUUGGAAAUAUACACCAAAGAGAGGCAAAGCAAUUUUCAAAGUUGUUAAAUUUGAUUCACAUGCUCAACAAGAACCACAAGAAAUCUUUCCCACAAUUUCUGGAGUCACACAAAGUGAAGUCACACCAUCAACUGAAGUCACACCAUCAACUGAAGUCGCACCAACUGACAUAACUGAAUUUUUUAGUUUAAGCCCUACAAGCAGCGAUUCAAGUUUUAUCUUUGAUUCAGGGUCAGAAAGUACCUUAGACGAUCAACAACUUGCAUGUAGUUACCCAAUGAAUGAGCAACAUUUAUAUGAACAAUUUCUUUAUCCUUAUACAUGUAAUUUUGUGUAA